UUAUUGUCAACUAAUCCCUAGUUCCAUUACAGUUUAUACUAUCUAGCUAGCUUCAAUAUAAUGGCACCAUCUUAUUAUCAGCUUGGAUUCGCAGUACUAUUCAUCACUUUGGCUGUUGCCACACUUCAGUUUUCUUCUUGCCAUGUCUUGAAAGCUUCUGUCACUUGCCUAGACUGCAACCAGCAUUCUGAUCUCUCAGGAAUUAAGGUUUCAGUGAAGUGUAACCAGGUGAAAACACUGGCCACGGCUACAACAGAAGAAGAUGGCUCUUUUGUGUCAAACCUUCCUUCUGACACUAGUCCAACAUCAACAGCUGCAAACAUUUGCUAUGCCAAAAUUCUUGGAGGUCCUAAGCAGCUAUUUGUUUCAAAAAAAGACACAGACCCAAUAGUUGUCAAGUCUCAAGAAGAUGAUAAUUCCUACACUAUCUCUAAGCCCUUAAAUUUCUACACAAGAUACUCUAAGUUUGGUUCAUCAAAGACAAUUGAUCUACCAGUUCCAAAGGAGUGGGGACUUGCACCAACUAGCUAUUAUAUCCCUUUCUUUCCCAUCAUUGGCAUACCUUAAGUAUACCACUCUUUUAAGUAUUGUAGCUAGCUAAUCUCCUUAUUAUGAUUAAUUAAAGAAUAUGGGUAAUUGAGUGGAAGGAGAGAGCAGUCUUUUAUAUAAAUAUUAAAUAUAAACAUAUGUCUAUAAUAUGUUUAUAUAGGUUUGGCUGUAGAAUAUUGUGUAAUGUUCAUGUUUAGUACUUAUUUGCAAGGACUUGAUUUGUUAGUAUGUGUAGCAACUUGAUUAGUAACUAGCCAGAACUAAAGUUGGCUGUCUUUAGAGAUAUUAAUUUGCUUUUUUGGGUGUGACGUUAUAUGCC